AUGGCCCUGUCGCCCAAAUCCGUCGCCUCUCCCUCUCACCCCGCCGUUGCCCCUCUCUUUUACCCCGCCGUCGCCCCUCCCUUUUACCCCGCCGUCGCCAUUCCUUCCCAUCCCACCUCCACCUCUCCCUCCCAUCCCGUCGCCACCUCUCAUUCCCAUCUCGCCGCCACCUUUCCCUCCCAUCCCGUUGCCACCGCUCCCUCCCAUCCCGUCGCCACCGCUCCCUCCCAUCCCGCCCUCGUCCUCUCCCACCCCGCCGUUGCCUCUCUCACCUACCCCGCCGUCGCCUCUCACUCCCACCCCCUUGUCGCCUCGCCCUCCCACGCCGCCGUCGCCACUCCCUCCCACGCCGCCGCCGCCGCCUCUCCCUACCAUCCCGCCGUCGGCUCUCCCUCCUAUCCCGCCGCCGCCACUCCCCUCCCAUCCCGCCACCGCCACUCCCCUCCCAUCCCGCCACCGCUUCUCCCUCUUAUCCCGCCGACUUCUCCCCCUCCCGUCCCGUUUCGCCACUCUCUCUCAUCCCGCCGUCGCCACUCUGUCCCAUUCCGCCGCCGCCUCUCCCUUCCAUUCCGCCGCCGCCUCUCCCUUCCAUUCCGCCGCCGCCUCUCCCUUCCAUUUCGCCGCCGCAUCUCCCUUCCAUUCCGCCGCCGCAUCUCCCUUCCAUUCCGCCACCGCAUCUCCCUCAUCCCCGCCGCGCCACUCCCUCCCGUCCCGCCGUGGGGAGGUUUGUGA